UUCGCUGCUGAAUUAUGUCGCACAGCUCACUGCUUCUUUAAAAGCCUUCCCAUCUUGGAGGGAAACUGCCAGCUGUAUUAGAGAGAGAAAUUCUGGGAUAUUCCUGCAAGCUUCUGGCCCAAGGCUGACUGAAAUUGCAAAUUUUGUGGUCAGCGACGCCUGCUCUUCGAGAGGCCAUGGCAGCUGAACAGAGGGCCAGGAGAACGGAUGGCCUCCCAAGGCACAGAGGGGUCAAAGUGGAAGAGCGUCAAACCGUCAGCCCCCGAGGGGCAGAGGGAGCGGACCGGGCUGGGAAACUGCCUCGCGUCCUCCAAGUGGGCACCAUUCGAGAGUUCCUGAAUUGGGCUGCCCCACGGCAAAUGAAGCAGGAGCCCAGGGAGGACUUGCCCGAACUCUGGGAAACCCAAUGGCAGGAGUUCCUCGCUGCGCUCCGGGCCUCUCCUCUAGGGGAGGGACACCAGCAGCUGUCCGAGGGACCCGCCCCGUGGGUGGACAACAAAGCCUUUUUCGCCUCUUUUGAGCGCCUGGCUGGAACCUGCCAGCUGCCCCGCCGAGAGUGGUUGGCACGCUUGGUGCCUGUGUUGGGCACCGAAGCCAAGGAAGCCUACAGUAGUCUCAGUCUCCAGGACCGAGGCGAGUACGCCAAAGUCAAGGCGGCCAUCUUGAAAGGGGAUGCCUUCCGGAUGGAGGCGCAGCGCCAACGCUUCCGGCAGUUCCGCUACCACGAAGCCUGGGGGCCCCGGGAGGUGUGUAGCCAGCUUCGGGAACUGUGCCGGGGAUGGCUGAAGCCGGAGAAACACACCAAGGAGCAAAUGUUAGACCUUCUGGUCCUGGAGCAGUUCCUGACUCUUCUGCCCCAGGAGAUCCAGAGCUGGGUGCGGGAACACGGCCCGGAGUCAUGUGCCCAAGCCGUGCCCCUGGCAGAGGCCUUCCUGAUCAGGCAGCAAGAGGCUGAAAGAAAGGGGAAACAGACUCGGGGAACUCAAGUGAUGAGCUGGGCUGAGAUGAAACCAUCUCCUAUGGGUGCUGGGCUGAAGCGGAUUCACCGAGAGAUGAAGCAAGAUGCCAGAAUCCUGGACUUGGGGAACGCCAACGGGGAGCAUCCUGAGAAGGCCCUGAACCGAACUACCGAAAAUGGGCUGAAGGCUCCCGGCAGAGCCCAGCUGGUCCAGAGGAGCUUCCAAAGUCCCGAUAGCAGGACAGCUUUGCGCCCAAGCCCGUCCUUCUUCAAACACCAGCGGGUCCACGCGGCGGAGAGCCCGCACCAGUGCCCUGACUGCGGGAAGCAUUUUACGCAGCGUUCGAGCCUUACCAUCCAUCGGCGGAUCCACACGGGGGAGAAGCCGUACCCCUGUCCCGAGUGCGGGAAAUGCUUCCGUCAGAGUUCCAACCUCUUGAAGCACCAGAGAAUCCACUCGGGGGAGAAGCCGCACCAGUGCCCGGAGUGUAGCAAAUGUUUCGCCCAGCGCUCCAACCUGCUGAUCCACCAGAGGACCCACACGGGCGAGAUGCCCUACGUGUGUGCCGAGUGCGGGUCCUGCUUCAGCCAGCACCGGGGGCUGGUCACUCACCAGCGGAUCCACAUGGAUGAGAUGCCGUACGGCUACGGUUGCCCGGAUUGUGGGAAGUGCUUCCAGCAGAACUCGGAUCUGACGAAGCACCUGCGGGUCCACACGGGCGAGAAGCCCUACAGCUGCCCCGAGUGCGGGAAAAGUUUCAGCUACAGCUCCAACCUUAGCAAGCACCAGCGGAUCCACACGGGCGAGAAGCCGUACCUCUGCAACGUGUGCGGGAAAAGCUUCAGCCAUUUGUCGACGCGCAACACCCACCAGCGGGUCCACACGGGGGAGAGGCCGUACGGCUGCACCGAAUGCGGGAAAAGGUUCAUUUCCAGUUCCAAACUCACCCGGCACAUGAGGACACAUUCCAUAUACACCCCUUACAUCUGCAACGAAUGCGGGAGGAGCUUCGGUUCCCAUUCGGCCUUGACCACCCAUCAGAAGGAUCACUCGGCUGAGAGUUACAGCGUGGGCGGCUUGUGGGAGGGAGCCGAGCAGGGCCCUAGCGACUUCAUGGGCAGGAUGUCCCCUCUGUGACUGUGGCGGAGUUAGCCUUAUUCCUUGUGAGACGACUAGUCAAGGCGCUAGUCCCUAAAAAGUAUUGGAAUUGGGCAGCCUGGCUUGUGGGGGCCGGAUGUGGGAGUAGAAAGGAAGUCGAGCUAUAGAAUUUAAAUGUGGUGGUUUUGGAAGAUAGAGUUAGGCUGGAGAGAGAAAAAGAAAUAGGGUAGUACAGAGGAUUGGAGGCUUAGAUUGUCAAGUUAGUUUUAGGAAGAAGGCAAAGCCUCCGCGGAAGAGAAGAGCUUUGAAGCUAGCUGCUCAUUAAAAUGGCUUCCCUGAGGCCCCGAGCCAGCAUAUUUUGAGCCUUCCAUUAUUAGUAUAAUCCCCACCCCCCUUGCUGUAAUUUAGCUAUUUAAUAGCUCUGUAGAUCCCCCAGAUUCAGGAGCAAGU